AUGAGUGCGACAAUAUCAAUCAAGUUGAGCAACGCUUCCACAGAACGUUCUAAGAAUUUGCGAUUAGCCAAGGCCACCCUUGCUUCUAAAACUGUUUACGCUGCUCUUUACGAGAGCCCAAGUGUUCAGACUUCCAAAGUGACAGAAUUUCCAGCUGAGAUUCAAGCGCAAUUGGAUACUUCAGAACUAGAAUUGCAAUUGGUUCUUCAAAAUGUGACUACCUCGGAACAAUUGGCUGUCUUGAACUUGGAUGAAAUGAAAUCAACUUCCAUGCAACAGCUAUUGGAGGGUGCUGUCGCCGCUGCAGGUAGUGAAACGUUAAAAUUAUCCUUGCAGUGUGCAAAGGCUGAUCCAUCCGUACCCAAGUUGGCUACUAUUCUUGGUAGUGGCGGCAGCACUAGCGUAUCAGCAGCCCCUGCUCCAGCUCCAGCUCCUCGCCGAACCAUUGAACAGCUGGUUGCUGCAGGGAGUUCCAGCCGUUCCAUUCGAGGAUCCAAAAAGCUCAAGGUGAUAAAUAAACACACAGGAAGCUCCAAAAAUGUCCGCGUGAUCCCUGCUUUCGCUUCCUCGUCGUCUGCCUACGACUGGAUGCACAAACACGACGGCAUUCGAAUGGCUAAGGUGUUGGAGUUUCCCACCGCACAGCAGGAGACACUAGAUCAAAUGACGCAAGAGAUUGAGGUCACUAUGAGUGGUUCCAAUGGUUCGAACCAGUGUGUCUACUCGGCGAAACAACUUCGUCAGCAAACACUUGAACAGAUCUUGAGUCGAUAUCCAAGCUCGGACGAAACGGUAAUGUCAAUUCAAGUAGUCGAUGCCAAAGAAGAAGAGCCAACACCAGCUCCGGUCGUUCCUCCUCCUAAAGCGCUAAGAGCGAGGAAAAGUGACACUAUCGGGGGAUCCAUGCGGCUCAAAGUGACUAACAGUCACACGAACAAAUCCAAAAACGUCCGAAUUAUGAAGGCUGCCGCAUCGUCAGCGUCUACGUAUGAUUGGUUGCACAAUCACGAGGGUUUGCAAAUCGCAAAGAUAUUGGAGUUUCCAGAGGAGCAACAGACGGGUCUCGAUCAGAAGUCACACGAGCUCCAAGUUACCGUAUCCACAACAGGCAGCGAAAACGUGGUUUCGGGGAAGCAACUUUGUUCUAAAACUCUUUGGGAAAUUGUGAAAGGACUGCCAGAUUAUGACUCUGCCCUUGUUGCCAUGUCCAUCCAAGUGGUCGAUAUCAAAGAAGAAGAGUCAACCCCAAUUCCGAUUGUUCCUCCUACAACUCUAAGAGCGAUGAAAAGCGAUACAGUUGGGGGUUCGAUGCGACUCAAGGUGACCAACAGCCACACGAACAAUUCCAAAAAUGUUCGAAUCAUGAAAGCUGCAGCUUCGUCAGCAUCCACGUAUGAUUGGUUGUACAGUCACGAGGGUUUGGUAACUGCAAAUAUUUUGGAGUUUCCAGAGGAGCAGCAGUCGGGUCUCGACCAAAACACAUACGAACUCCAAAUCACCGUAUCCACAAAAGGCGAGGAAAAGGUAGUUUCGGCAAAAGAACUCCGCUCCAAGAGCCUAAUGGAAAUUGUGGAAGGAUUGCCAGAUUACAACACGACUCUUAUUGCCAUGUCUAUUGAAGUGGUGGAGACCAAGGAGGAAGCACCAGAAUUAGGCAAUAGCACUAGUGCACCAGCCGGUACUAUGGCAGCAAAGCGACAAAGUAGCAGUGCCAAUCUUGGAGGUUCCUUGCGGCUCAAAGUCUCCAAUUCACACACGGGCAUGUCCAAGAAUGUGCGCAUUAUGCCCUCUACCUUUUCGGCAACCACAUCAGGCUACGAUUGGCUGCACGGACAUGAUGGACUGAAAAUAGCCAAGGUAUUCGAGUUUCCAGAACAUCAGGAGGCAAUAAACCAAAAAACACAAGAAAUCCAAGCUAAUAUGCAUGCUGAUGGUAUUGACGAAAAGGUUUAUUCUGCAGAAGAUCUUCAUUUUAAAACAAUGCCUCAGAUCCUGGAUCCUAUUUUUGAACAAUUGUCAGAUCCCAACGCUCUGAUUGCCAUGUCUAUUGAAGUGGUGGAUGUCAAAGCAAAUGAGGAAGAAGAUGAAGAUGGAAACAAGCAAGUGCAGGAGAAAGAAUUGUCGGAGGAAGCCAAGGAGGCAGCCAGAUUGAAAAAGAAGGAAGAGGAGGCGGCGUUUUGGGCUGCGGAAGAAGCCAAAAUGUUGGCCCAGGCCGAGGAACGAAAGAAGCAAAAGGAGGCGAAAUUGCAAGCAGCGCUCCAAGCCGAAAACGCGGUACGAGACGCUGCCAAAAAACAAGCGGCAGAAAAAGAGGCCGCCAUCAAGGCAGAAGAGAAAGAACGUCUGGCAAAGCGGGAGGCCCAAAAACGAGCCGCCUUGCAGGCGGAAGAAGCAGCUCGAAAGCAGGCCGAAGCAGAAAGAAAGGAGCAAGAGGAGGAAGAAAGCCAAGUGCAGCAAAGGGGAGUCCAAGAGCUGCAGUCUAAACGCCAGCGAGCCAGUAUUAUAUCAGCCCAAUUGCCGGGUGGGUCACCAAAUGUCUUUUCUGGUGAGUCGUUUGCCCCGUUUGACGACGACGACGACGACGAAGAAGAAGAGCACAAUGAUGUUCAAUCAACGGAUGACGAGCUGUUGAUGAGCGACGAGGAUAAGGAGUUAGCAGCGUACGAAUCAGAUGCCAUUUUGGUGGAAGAGGAGGCACAGAUAUUGGUGUCUAAGGACGACCAAUCGCUAGAUGACGAGCUCUUGCUGAUGGACGAGCAUAAAGACUUGGAUUCCAUGGACAAUCACUCAUUGGAUGACGAGCUCUUGAAGGAAGAAGAAGAUGAAGAAUUAGAGGCAAGAGAUAUGGCCGUCUCCAUUGCUGCUAUGACGGCUAGUAAUCCUAGCGAGAAAAUAGACGGAAAGGACGAUGCCGAGAUUGACGAUUUGUUGGCCGCUGAAGAAGAACAAGCAUUGGAGAACCAAAUCGAAGCAGAAAAGCUUGAGCGAAGUCAUCGUGAGUCAACAGCUAUCUUGGCUGUUGAAGAGAUCGAAGAGUUGAUGCGAAUGGAAGAAGCAAAGCGAUUGGAAAUGCAGCAAGAAGAAGGAGAAGAAGAGGUUACUGGUGCAACAAGAGGAGUUAUGGACGAAGCACUAUUACCAAGAGACGUUGUCCCUGCCGCGGAUGUUGGUCAAGAAAGCGCCGAAGACGCAGUCAAUCGAGAGAACGUUGAUCAAAUGGAACGGUUGCUGGAGAAUAAAGAAAGUGAAAGCAGGAGAGAAAACGAGCGAAUGCUGGCGUUGGAACGGAGGGCUGCCGAAAUGGAAAAAGCAAAUGCGUUUGCUCCAGUGGAAGAAUCUCCAAGAGACCGAUCGGUAAAAGCGGAGUCACCGAAGAAGCGAAAAGGUGGCGUGGAAGGUCGAUUACGAAAAGCAGAACAAGACUUUGUUGCAGACCCAGCUCGCAAGCGAUCCGCAGAUGUCAUUCCACUAUCGGUUCAGUUUAAUGGUUUUUUGCGGAAAUUGCGAAAGGCUGUAAACUAUGUCAAGGUAUACCAGGCUGCUCGACAAGAAUCAAAUGUUGCUCGCACAAAGAUGGUGGAUGACUUUGGCAGCCUUUCCGCAACUACACCCCUCUAUGAUCUUGUUGGAAAGAAGGCGAGCUUGGAUCAAAUCGAUGAUAUCGAUGCCCGGAAAGCAGCGCAAGCAGCCACAGCCCAAGGUAUAAGAUCAUACAAAUCAAUUGAUCAGUUGGUCGAACUACAGGGCAAAGUCAGUGCCGAUGAAUAUCAGGAAGAAAUGAUAAAAUACGUCGAUGCUUGGGAUGAAGCUGUGUCCACACGGGUGAACAAAGCAAUGAUGCUGCACAAGAAGUUAGAGCAGGAUGUGCUUCAUUAUGAAAACAAGGUUGCGAAGCUGAGAAGCCAGGCACAUGAUAUGGAAGCCAAAGGCAAACUUCUUUCAUCAAAGCAGUCAGCUCGAUUGAACCGGAAUGAAAUGAAGUUGAACGAUGCCUGGCAAAUUCAUGAGCUGGAGUGCUCCUCCAUUUGCAACCUGUUGGAAGAAAUCACACUUCAGGGAUGGCACGAUCUAUUUCCGCUUGUGAGGAGCAGCAUUGAGUGGGAAGUUCGACGAAUGGAACGAGAGAUUGCCACUUAUGGCCUUGGCUUACCAGGACUUUUGAAAACUCUUGGAAGCACUGUCAAUGAUGUGCCAAUGCCGGAAACGAAACACCCCCUUCGCAAGGAGCUUGCGGAGCAACGGAACGCCAAUCGCGAUCUCGAGCGCCAGAUUAACAAGCUCCAGACAGCCUUGAAGGGAAGCUGGACAACCAAAGCAGAGUUUCAGAAAGUUGUACAAGAGGAGAACAUUGGACUUUGA